AUGGGGGAGGUGAAAGGACUGGCCGCCCUGCCCCUGCCUCCCAAGCAGGAGUCAGCGCUGAAGGCCCUGGGGACAGAAGGCCUCUUUCUCUUUUCCUCCUUGGACACUGACCGGGAUAUGUACAUCAGCCCUGAGGAGUUCAAGCCCAUCGCUGAGAAGCUGACAGGGUCAAGUCCUGCUGCCAGCUACGAGGAGGAGGAGCUGCCUCCUGACCCCAGUGAGGAGACGCUCACCAUAGAAGCCCGAUUCCAGCCUCUGCUCCCGGAGUCCAUGACCAAGAGCAAAGACGGGUUCCUAGGGGUCUCCCGCCUGGCCCUGUCUGGCCUCCGCAACUGGACGACCGCAGCCUCGCCAAGCGCUGUGUUUGCCGCCCGCCACUUCCAGCCCUUCCUCCCGCCUCGGGGCCACGUGGAGCUGGGCGAGCCCUGGUGGAUCAUCCCCAGUGAGCUGAGCGUCUUCACCGGCUAUUUGUCCAACAACCGCUUCUACCCGCCACCGCCCAAGGGCAAGGAGGUCAUCAUCCACCGGCUCCUGAGCAUGUUCCACCCGCGGCCCUUCGUGAAGACCCGCUUUGCCCCUCAGGGGGCCGUCGCCUGCCUGACUGCCAUCAGUGAUUUCUACUACACCGUGAUGUUCCGCAUCCACGCCGAGUUCCAGCUCAGCGAACCACCCGACUUCCCCUUCUGGUUCUCGCCCGGCCAGUUCACCGGCCACAUCAUCCUCUCCAAAGACGCCACCCAUGUCCGUGACUUCCGGCUCUUCGUGCCCAACCACAGGUCUCUGAAUGUGGACAUGGAGUGGCUGUACGGGGCCAGUGAGAGCAGCAACAUGGAGGUGGACAUCGGCUACAUACCCCAGAUGGAGCUGGAGGCCGUGGGCCCCUCCGUGCCCUCCGUGAUCCUGGACGAGGAUGGCAACAUGAUCGACAGCCGCCUGCCCUCAGGGGAGCCCCUCCAGUUUGUGUUUGAGGACAUCAAGUGGCAGCAGGAGCUGAGCUGGGAGGAGGCUGCCCGGCGCCUGGAGGUGGCCAUGUACCCCUUCAAGAAGGUCACUUACUUGCCGUUCACCGAGGCCUUUGACCAAGCCAAGGCCAAGAACAAGCUGGUGCACUCGAUCCUGCUGUGGGGGGCCCUGGACGACCAGUCUUGCUGAGGUUCAGGGCGGACUCUCCGGGAGACUGUCCUGGAAAGUUCGCCCAUCCUCGCCCUCCUCAACGAGAGCUUCAUCAGCACGUGGUCCCUGGUGAAGGAGCUGGAGGACCUGCAGGACAACCAGGACAACCCAUCCCACAAGAAGCUGGCUGGCCUGCACCUGGAGAAGUACAGCUUCCCCGUGGAGAUGAUGAUCUGCCUGCCCAAUGGCACCGUGGUCCACCACAUCAACGCCAACUACUUCUUGGACAUCACCUCCAUGAAGCCUGAGGACAUCGAGAACAACGUCUUCAGCUUCUCGUCCACUUUUGAAGACCCGUCCACGGCCACUUACAUGCAGUUCCUGAAGGAGGGCCUUCGGCGCGGCCUGCCGCUCCUCCAGCCCUAGUGUGCCUGCCAGGCCAGUGAGAAGCCAGGCUGGAUGGGGGAGCUGGAAAGUCAGACCUGCAGCGCUGGUGGAUGCGCCCCUCCGCCCCAGAGCCAGUGGUCCUUGCACAUUUCAAACUUCAGACACUCCCACCCCUGCCACUCCCAGGCUGCCUGUGGGGUCCGAGGUCAACCAAGGGUGGCCAUCCUAGCUUUGCCUCAGUGAUGCGGGGUAGACGGGGGUCCUUGGGCUAACCAGGACGACGCACCUCUAGCUCUGGCUGCCAUUGUCAGCUCUUUACUACCCACCUGGCUCCAGAAGCUUCUUGAGACCCCCAAAACAGGGCCUGGGGUCAUUUCCAUGGACCUCACCCACUCAGAUACAUAGUGCAGGCCCUUGUGGGGUGAAGAAUAGGGAGGAGUGGGUGCCAGGAAGACACAGCCACCCCUCUCUCUUUAUUGUCGCCCUCCUCCCAAAAGAAACAUCAAGAAGCCCUGGCCUGGGUGGGAAGGGGGUGCCAAGGAAACACUCCUGUUAGUCUGGAGCCUUCUUCCUGGCCACAGCCCUGGCUGCCCUCCUGUGCCUAGUGUCCCCAGUGGGGUCAGUCUCAGCUGGAGACAGCCUUCUGGACGCUCUGGGCAGAACCCUCCUUCAGAAGGGGAAAUCAUACUGUACCCGAGACCUCGGCUCCCCAGACCACUCAAUCCUACUAAUGAGAGGACCCCAGAACCUAUGUCGGGACUUGCUGGGGGCCAGCUGUCUGGGGAGGUUUACUGUGAAGUUGGCUUCUGCCCUGAGCAAGGGAGUCCCCUGAGGGGUCCCUGAGGUGCAGGGCCCAGGCACCUCCCCCCAGCACAGGGUCCCAGGAGAGCUGCUGGAGCCAGUGCAGUGCCUCCCACCCUGGGACCCAGCUCCACACAAGUGCAGCCCAGACCAGUCUGUCCACCACUGGGUGGCCGUUGACCCUCCUUGGCCAUUCUCGGGGCCUUGGUCCAUGUCCUGAGCCACUCACCACGGCCAGUCUCUUUUUAUACAUGCAGAAAAGUGUUUUUAUGUGAACUUUCUCACAGUUUGUAGGUAUUUUUGAUAACCCCAGCGCUGAGGAGAAAGAAGGGGCAAUGGCUUUCCCGCAGCUGCCCCAUGAUGGCUGGAUCUGAAAUCCUGGAUGGAUCCAGCUUGAUGUCUUUGCAGUUGCACCUAUGGGAAGAAAGAGUCCUCUCUUCCUUCUCCUCUUCCAGCUUUUUAAAAACAGUCCUCAGAGGGUCAGUGUACCCCCAACCCUACCCUUGUCCUCCUCUCCAGCCCUCGAGAGGCCCUUGGGCUCUCAGUAAGGCCUUGGAGCCAAUCCUGCUCCCCCACCCCGCAGGGGCUCACUCUCACACCUGGCAGAGGAGGCAAAGCAGACAUUUCCUCAGAUGCACUCCCGGGCCUCCCAUCCGCCGAGUUCCCCUGCCUGCUGCUGCAGUGUCCACACGAGUCUUCCCUGUCGGAGGGAAUCUUAACUCUGUUAAGAUUACGUGUACUUUCUCAUUUAGUCCUCACAACAAACCUGUGAGGUGGAUAUUAAUUGUCCCCAUUUUGCAGAUGAAGAAACUGAGUCUCAGGGAAGCGAAGUGACUUACCAAGGUCACUCAGUGGUAGAGUUGAGAUUCGGCCUGCAUCUUGAUUUUGGAGUGUGUUUUGCACUGCAUCCCCACCUCUCUCCCUUGUUCUCGCUGAGUUGAAAAAGAAAGCCUUUCGAACCAAAAUGUCUCAUUCCCUUCCGAUCUCCAGACCUAAUCAGGCACGGGCCAGCAAGCUCAGCCACGUUCUUUGUGUCCUGGGAGGCAG